UUGUCUUAUGCAUGCGUGCGGCCACCUGAGAACAGUCAGGCACCAGGUACCGUAUGUCUUUCUCUCAUCGGAACAGUCAGUCAGUCACCGUCUGUUCGCACCCCCGCCUUUUUGAAACUUAUUGGUUUCAGUGCUAUACAUAAUGAACUGGAGAAAACGCGACGUGCAAAUUUGCGUGGAUACCUGGAUAAAUUGAAGGAUAUUGUACCAAUGGGUGCAGACAGUACCCGUAACACAACAUUAUUGUUGUUAACACGAGCCAAAGAUUACAUUGCUGUUACCAUGGAAAACAGAAGGUACUUUUUCUUCCCAUUUUUUGUUUGCUUACAGUUUAUUUGUUUUACAGUUACAGAUGCCUUAGUUACUUUUUUUUCUUGUCUAUUUUUACCUUUAGUUUACAAAAAUUUCACCAUUACUUCAUAUAGUUUUUUUCCUUAUUUCCUCAUAUUUCAACGUUUUACUGCCACUAUUACUAUUCUUUCUCAUUUUCCUUCAAACUUGGCCACAUUUUUCAAAAAGCAUGCUUUUUUUCAUCUAUUCAUUAUUUUUGCUGUUAUUUUUUCUCUGGUUCAUUUUUUUUUUCGCGCUUCUCUUUACUCGUCUAUCUAUAUUACGUCUGUUUGA